CUUUUGAGAAGAUAUAAUCCUGAUUCUUUAAGACGCGGGCGUGUGACAGGUGGUUGGUUAUGAAGGAUCGUUUUCUAAUUCAAGCAUCGGUGUGUGGAUGAAGCUGGAGGACUUCACACUUUACAUCCAGCAUCAGUUCCGCGUUCGACUGGAGCAGAGUUCACGUUGGGUAACAUCCCAGUGACCACAGGUUAGCAGCGUCCAUGUUUACAUCUUAAUAUAAAACACGUCUUUACCGGAACAUGGCUGUAAACAUCCUAGAGAGCGAAUCUGAGGCCCGGAUCUACGGGUUCACCAGGAGAGCUUCCGCUGUGUUGACCCACUUCCUCUGCAUCGUGUUCAGCCUCUUUAUCGCUCUGAUGGCCCGACCUGGCUCUAGUUUGUUUUCCUGGCAUCCUUUCCUCAUGACGCUGUCUUUCUCCUUCUUCAUGACAGAAGCCGUACUCAUCUUCUCCCCCCACGGCUCCCUCAUCAAAGGUUUCUCACACAAGAUCAAAGGUCGUGUUCACUGGAUCCUGCAGUGCCUGUGUGUGUCCUGUGCCGUCCUGGGUCUGGCAGCCAUCUUUUACAACAAACACCUGAACAGUAAACCCCACUUCACCUCAUGGCACGGUCUGCUCGGCCUGCUCACGGUGUGCGUGGUCGCGCUGCAAUCUUUGGUAGCUGUGCCUCUCAUCUACCAUUCCCUGGCCAAAGGCUGGUCCCUGGCCAAACUCAAGCGCUAUCAUGCAGCGUCCGGGCUCAUCACAUACCUGCUUGGCAGCAUGAGCCUGCUGCUCGGCCUCUGCUCGGCCUGGUUCACCGCCUCUGUCAAGGACUACACCUGGUACCUGUCAGCACUGUGCCCGGCCCUCUGCGCGCUCAUGAUAAUGAACCAAGUCACCAGUGCGUACAUGGCCAAGAAACGUCUGAAGGCCUGACAGAGGAGACGUCAGCGGACUUUAACAACACUGUCGCUUUUAACCUGUGCAAUGUUUACCAGAGAUUUCAUGUCUGUCAGACUCAUACGACUAUGAUUUCUGCUGCUACAGGCUCGUUAUUCUCACAAGAAAUACGUGUGGAUAAUGAAAUUAUUUUAUUCAUUUCAUUGCCUGUGGCUGAAAUAGAGGACACUGAGUCAUUGCGUCUCUGUAUUUGUUUUUUUUAGGAAGGGCUCAACGAACAAAGAGUUUUCAUUUGACAGUUACGCACCCAUGUUGAGCUUCUUUGGUUUGUUUGUAGCUUCUGAUGUUUUAAGCCAUACUAGUUUUAACUAUGACCAUGGACUGUAUGUAAAUAUGGAGGAAGUCUCCACUUCCUCUCACUAUCCAGACAAGAAGCCAAUACAUCCGGGCUAUGAAGGCUGAACCACAAAAUUUAGUUUGGCCCACGUCACAUUAACUGACAUGGAGGAGACGGAAUUAAUGGCAUAUACUGCAGCAGGUGGCGAUCAAGAGUCUUUAGCUUCACUUUUGGGGAGCAGUCAUGUCAUCCAUCUUUAUAAACAGUGUAUGAUUAUAUCCACUCAAGUUACCUGUCAAACACCAGUAUGAUGGCAAUAGCAGUUUGCAAAGCAUUGUUUCCUCUACAUUCUCCGAGCUGCUAGCAUUGCUGGAGACUCAAUAUCGUUUUAAACUUAACAGCUUGAAAUGUGACAGGUUUGAGCAAAGGAAGUCAGUUAGUGAAAUAAAAAGAAAUGGUUUAAAUAUUCUCUUCAGACUGAACAGUGUGAGGUUGGUUUUGACUGUGUAUUUUUUUUUAAAGUCAUGAUCUCAUUAAAUACUGCCUUGAAUGUCCUUGAAUAUUUGUUGAUCUCAGGUUGAACUUUUGUAUCUUGUGUUGCAUAUUUUCUGUCCUCCUGGUUACUGACUUGACCAUGUCUGAUGUCAUACCAAAGGUGUAUCCACAUUAAAAGCACAUGUCAAUGA